CGGAGUGUAAACAUGAGCGCACCAAACAUUCACCCUUUGCUUGGGCUGUUUACAUCGCUAUAACACAGCAGCGAACUAUAAUCUGAUAUUUGCUGAUAUUUCUUCUGAUUUGGCGUUUUAAUUAGAUGUAGCAGGAAACACUAAAGUAGUGCAGCAAAUGUCUCGCAUCCGAGAACAAUUUGCCUCGCUGCAAACAUAUCAAAUCAACUCAACUUUACAAUGUGAAGGGAUAUUGUUUAUCCCAAUGCGUACUUUACGUCACACCUUGCUGUAGCUGCCACUUUCAAUUCUGAAGACAUCCUAAAAGGUGAGCCUCCGUAAGUUAGGGCAUUGCCAAAUCAUCUCCAAAAGCAUGAGUCAGGAGCCUUCAAUUCAUACCUGGCCUGGCUCUUAUUACAUCAACAGCGAGAAACGCUGGGCCAGUGGCGUUCUCUCCUUAUCUCGCACCACCCUCCGCUUCGCCUCUGAGCAAAAACAGGAGAGCCUGAUGAGCCUGAAGCUCUCGCGCAUCAUGGAGAUCAAGAUGGAGUCCUCCAGCAUCAUCUUCAGCGCUCUCACUGUGCUGGAGCAGGGAAACCUCAAGCACUGGUUUGGGUCUCUCAGGCCGUGCCGUAAUGCGGUCUAUCAUGUUCUAGAGCACUUCUGGAGGGAGCGUCUGCUGUCUCCUUCAGAGCCACAAGGGGCUGAAGCCCCUCUCAGUAAAGGCCAGGAGCUGAUCAGCCUGAUUUCCGGAGCCCAGCGGAGGCUUGAGGAUACUGGGAAAGUGCUGAACCACCAGGGAGAGCAGUUCGACAACAUGAUUCAAGGCCUGGACAAGAUCGAGUCAGACCUGACCGUGGCAGAUAAGCUACUCUCUGAACUCGAGUGUCCGUCUUGGUGGCCUUUUAGUAAAAUGCCAUGGAGGAGCCAUCAGGAGGCCAAGUCUGAGGCAGCUGCCAAAGCAGCCUGUACCAAAGGCUCAGGCAAGAUCCAAAAAGUCAUAGUCAGCAUUCCAGCUAUUGUCUUCCGUGACGGAAACACUGGAAACAUGAAACCAGGUAGCCUGACUCUGUUGGUGUCUUCUCUGGAGGUCCGAGAAGCAAACGGGCAGCUCCUGCAUUGCUUCGAGAAGGAAGAGGUGGACGAUAUUCAUGUGUUCAACCCCUACGAGAUCAGCAUUCGCCAGCGCUUCAUCGGAAAACCUGACAUCUGCUUCCGACUUCUGUCUGCCAGGAUGACCGAAGCUCUAUCUGUGUUGGAGAUGCAGUACAAGAAGAAGGUCGAGGUCACACGCGACUACGCUGUGUUUCGGUCGACUUCGGCAACCACACCAGAGAGCCCAGAAAGUGGAGGAAACGUUUGGGCUGCAGGUCAUGGCCAGGACACAGAGGUGCCAGUGGAGGUGCCUGCUGGAGAACUGACGCAACUGCAGCUUCAGGUGCUUCAGCCCACUGUUACUGAGGCGGAGGCGCAGGAGCUAAAACAGAUGCUCCAGCAGCUGAAGAAUCUGGCUCUGGAGGCUGAGACGGAACUGGAGCGUCAGGACGAGGCUCUGGACGUGUUGAGCUGCUCUACUGACCACGCCACCAUGAACAUUAACAGACACACUCGCCGCAUGAGGAAACUGCUGUGAACCCAACGUCAACAGAUUAAUGUCUGCGGCACACUGACUCAUCCUAAGCGUUCAGCUUUUGUUUACUCGAGGAAACCCGCUUCACUGCCUUCCUUUCCAUUGCGUGAUAAACAUCAAGCUCUUUUUGGGAUUUUCCUGCGUAAACUCUCAACACGAACCUCUCAGCUGCUCGAACUGGGCAGCCCGAAGACUUGGGAGAGAACGAGCACAAACCGGUGUGGUUAGAAGCAGCCAUGCAAUGUGAGGAAGUGGCAGCGGUCUGGCCCAACCACAGUCGCUGUACUUCAGAUCCGGCUCUGCCUCGCAGCGGAUGGUGCGGAGACACUAGUGAUUUUUACUGGCCUUGACUUUCUGCUCUGUUUACAUGAUGGACUUGGUGUGGGCUACUCUGGCAGGAGGGGCGUCUCUGUUCAUGGUGAAUCCAUCAGCUUCAUCCUCUGUCAUGGGAAAAGGUUGGUGAGGGCAUGACUUCUGGAUGUACCAAUGGAGAGAUUUACUGUAGGACAAUUUUGAAAAUACACUGUAAAUACAGUAAACAAGUGUGAACAUGCUACAAAAUAAAUCUGGUUAAUAGAAAGUUUCCUUAACCAGUUAAACUCUGCUGUUAUUUUGGGAUUUCCGCCUGGAUUUUGCCUACCCAAAUUUAAAAG